CUGAUGCUGGUGAUCUAGCUAUCUUUCUUCUUCUUCCAUGGAGGGAUCUGGAGAGAAUUGGCCCCAUUAUCAGACGGACAUUAAUGCAAACCUGGAGAAGGCGAUUAACUAUAUGAGCUAUCUGGAGGGGCGAGUGAGAGAGCUCGAGAAGCAGAACAAGACAAGUGCGGCGGAGACGUCCGGAGGUUAUAACAACAACAACUACGACGAUGGCGCGUCGUCGUCGUGCUGUGAGACCGGCGGCGGCGGCGAGUGGUAUGAGGCGUCGCUGCCUGAGGUGAAAGCUAGGGUUUCCGAGAACGAGGUGCUGAUAAUAAUUCACUGUGAGAAACAAAAGGGCAUUAUGCAUAAAAUAAUGUCUCAGCUUGAAGCUCUUAAUCUCUCUGUUAUCAGUAGCAGCGUUUUGCCGUUUGGGAAAUUCACCCUUGACAUCACCAUUGUUGCUCAGAUGGGGGAGGAAUUCAACUUGACGGUGAGUGGCAUAGUGAAAAGCCUGAGACGAGCUAUCUCCAAGUAAUUAACAGAAUGAACGAAAGGUUGAAGAAGAAGAAGAAGGCUCAUGAGACUGCUGUUGAAGAAAAUUGGUCAUUAUUAAUAUUAUGGUAGUUUAAUUAGGGGACUGGAAAAUUUUGAGGAAAUUAAGAG